AUUGGAAAUUAUUAUCAUGCCCAUCACUACCACUAACAACAGCAGCAGCAACAACAACAACAACAACAGUAGCAGCAAGAAAAGCUAUAAACACCAUCUAAUAUUCGGUUAUUCGAAUCGAAUCAAUAGAAUAAUUGGAAUCAAAAAUAAUAAUAAUGGUGGAUGGCUUUCAAUAUUAAUAUCAUUGAUAAUGAUUUGUGCCUUUGUACAUUAUAGAAUAUUGUAUUGUCAUUGUCUUUCAAUUCAUCAUAAUAAUAGCAAUGUAAAUAUUAAUAAUCUGCCCAAUUCACCAAAUCAACGAUCUCAAUCAACAUUAUUAGAUGAUAUUAAUGAACGAUAUGAUCAUGAUCCAUCAUUGUUACAUCAAAACAAUCAUCAUCACCGUUCAAAACGAUUAUUUAGUGAUCAAUUUGUUGUACGAAUUCAUGGUGGUGAUGAAUUUGCUAGGCAAUUGGCCAAUGAUCAUGAUUUUACCUAUCUAGGACAUAUAAUCGAUGAUUAUUAUCAUUUAAUGCAUCGAAAAGUAGCAAAAAGAUCGGCUGAAUUAUAUCCAAGUGACAAUAAUAAUCAUGAGCCAACAUCAUCAUUUCAUCACCAUCCAUCGGUAUUAUCGAUCGAACAGCAACCACUCAAUCAUCGUACGAAAAGAGAUUUCAUAUCGAAUACACAUCUAAACCUGAACACAGCACAUUCAGUAUCGAAUUCACAUCGUUUAGAUGUGGUACCUUAUUAUAUGAGGCCACCACUACCAGCACAACCUCCAUGUGAAAAUAAUUUACCGCUUUUACCAUUUCCAUUUGAUCAUAAUGAAUUUGUUCAAGGUGGUAAACGUGUUCGAUUUGAUGAUCCACAAUGGCCACGAAUGUGGUAUCUGAAUCGUGGCAAUAAUCUUGAUAUGGACGUGGUUGAAGCAUGGGAGAAAAAUAUCACCGGUAAAGGUGUUGUCGUUACCAUUUUAGAUGAUGGCCUUGAAAAAGAUCAUCCCGAUUUAGUAACGAAUUAUGAUCCAGAUGCAAGUUAUGAUGUCAAUGGAUUCGAUAAUGAUCCAAUGCCACGUUAUGAUAUCAUCGAUUCAAAUCGUCAUGGAACUCGUUGUGCUGGAGAAGUGGCAGCCAAUGCUAAUAACAGUGUAUGUGCAGUAGGUGUUGCAUUCGAUGCCAAAGUUGGUGGUAUUCGAAUGUUAGAUGGUGAUGUUACCGAUGCUGUUGAAGCACGAUCAUUGGGCUAUAAUCCACAACAUAUACACAUCUAUUCGGCAUCCUGGGGACCGGAUGAUGAUGGUCGUACGGUCGAUGGCCCUGGAAAAAUGGCCGUAAAAGCAUUUGAAAAUGGUAUCCGUAAUGGCCGUAAUGGAAAAGGAUCGAUUUUCGUUUGGGCAUCCGGAAAUGGUGGUCGUGAAAAAGAUAAUUGUAAUUGUGAUGGCUAUACAAAUUCUAUAUGGACAUUAUCGAUUAGUUCGGCAACGGAAAAAGGAUCAAUACCAUGGUAUUCAGAAGCAUGUUCAGCAACAUUGGCCAGUACAUAUAGUAGUGGAUCAUUCGGUGAACGACAAAUUGUGACAACCGAUCUUCAUCAUGGUUGUACAUCAUCACAUACGGGAACAUCAGCAUCGGCACCACUAGCAGCUGGAAUUUGUGCUCUUGCAUUAGAGGCAAACAAUAAUCUAACAUGGCGUGAUAUGCAACAUAUCGUAGUGUUAUCUGCAAAACGUAAAAAUUUAGAAGGAAAUUGGAUGGAAAAUGGUGUUGGAUUGAAUGUUAGCCAUUGGUUUGGUUACGGUCUGAUCAAUGCAAGUGCUAUGGUUGAUUAUGCCCGUGAAUGGGUUCCAGUACCGGAACAAACAAAAUGUAUAUUCAAAGGGAAAGUAAAUGAAUUAUCCAAAGCCAAAAACACAUUAUCAUAUGCCUUGAAUGUAACCUGCAAUGAAUUAAUGUAUAUGGAACAUGUACAAGUUGUUGUUAAUCUAACCACACCAAAGCGUGGUGAUAUUGAAAUCGAAAUACGUUCACCUGCUGGUACACGAUCAACUUUAUUAACGAAACGACCGAAAGAUAAUUCCGUACUCGGUUUCUCUAAUUGGCCAUUUAUGACCGUACAUUUUUGGGGAGAAUCACCAAAUGGUCAAUGGACAUUAUACAUUAAUAGUACAGGAAGACAUAAUAAUACAUUGUUACAUGGUUGGAAAUUAAUAAUGCACGGUACACGUGAAUUUCCAUUUGGAAAAUCAUAUUAUCCAAAACGUUCAAAGCCACAAUUAUUAUUGAAUGAUAAAAAGACAGUUAUCAAUGACUUUGCUAAUAAUCAAAUCGAUAUGCAUCCAUCACCAUCACGUUAUGCAAAUCGUAUGAUCAAUAAUAAUGGUAGUGGUGGACCAAUAAAUAGAUUUACAUAUCAUUUUGCAACAAAUAGCUGGUCGUAUUCAAUUCAAACACCAAAAUCAUUUUCAUCAUCAUUAUCAUCAACCACAACAUAUCAUCAACAGCUACAAAGUCGAACCAAAUGAUAUAAUGAUACACAUAUACAUAAUCUGCAUGCUUUGCCCACCCCACUAAAUGAUGAUAAUGAUGAUGAUGAUGAUGAUUGAAUUCAAUGGAUUAUAUGCAUGUACCAAUCACCAAUAUUGAUGACAUCUUGACUUUUUUCCUCUAUUUUCUUUAAUCUAAUCCUUUUCGAUUCAUUUUUUCAUCAUAUAUCCAGUUUUCAACAACAACAACAACAAUAAUGGCCGAAUAUAUAACCAUAGUCGUACAUUCAAUAAUGGUCGAUUAACAAUAAUUGGUGAACCGGAUCGUGGUGGUGGUGGUGGUGUUGUUGACCAUAAACAACAAAAUGAACGGCAACAAAUACCAUUUAUACCGAAACAAAUUCAAUCCAAUCCACAUUCAUUACGUGGUCAAUCAUCAUCAGUAUCGUCCGGUUACGAUCCUUUUUCGUCAUCUUCAAAAAAGAUUGAGCUUUCUAUUGGCUGCCAUAUAAUGAUAAUGAUAAUGAUGAUGAUGAUGACAUUAUCAUCGAUAAUGAUGAAAUUAUUAUAAUGGCUAUGAAUACAACAUGUGCCUUUUACUCUGAAAUGUCUCUCUCUUUGGUCGUCUUCAUUUCAAUUUCAAUGAAGCCCCAAAUACUUGUGAUUUUUUUCCAGACUUAUUAUUAUAUGUAUUGACUUUUCUUUAUUUAAUUUAAUUCUUUCAUCCAAUUAUGUAUUCAAUUGUAGAAUUGGAUAACUUGUAUAUACAUACAAUCCAUAAAUUUAAUUUAACUUAAUUUAAAAUGAAUUUAGAAA